UUUCCAAACUCCAAAGGCACUGGCAAGAAACAUUCUGACUUUUCAUUUUGGAUUUGAACGUUCUCUUCUUGGCGAAGAUAUAAUAAUUAGCUGGUAGACGUCCAGAAUGGCACACAGAGCGUCAGGAAGACCUCCUGCUGCCACUGAUAAUAAGAAGCUGAGUGGUGAGCUAUUUGCGUUGACGUACGGAGCCUUGGUCUCACAACUGAUCAAAGACUUUGAGAGUGACGAAGAGGUCAACAAACAGCUGGACAAGCUUGGCUACAACAUUGGCGUUCGACUAAUCGAGGAUUUUUUGGCCCGAUCAAAUGUCGGCAGAUGCCAUGACUUCAAGGAAACUGCCGACGUCAUCUCAAGGAUUGGAUUCAAGAUGUACUUAGGUGUUUCUCCGACCAUUGGUAAUUGGAGUGCAUCCGGUGAUGAGUUUUCCUUGAUUCUUGACAGCAAUCCUCUGACAGAGUUUGUAGAAAUCCCAGAUGAGAGACGCACUCUUCUAUACUCCAACGUUCUGUGUGGAGCGCUCCGUGGAGCACUGGAAAUGGUGUACAUGGAGGUGGAAGUGAAAUUCGUGCAGGACUCUCUGUGCGGCGACGACACAACGGAAAUACGACUGAAGUUCGUGAAGCGACUUGAGGAUGCCAUUCCUGAACUAGAAGACUAGCGUGUUGGGCGUAGUCAGUAAGCCAUUGCUAACCGCUUGCCCAGUGCCCUUCUCUUCUGUGUGUUGGAUUAUUUCCGUCGGCUUUGUUUGGUUGCGUAAUGAAGAAGUUAUCGCACAGCACCAUCUUUGGCCAUCUUGGCUUGCUGAUCAUCUUGUAUUUUCGCUGUUGUCUCAAGAGAAAGAGAGAGAGAAAGGAGAACCGAAUUUAUCUGUACAUAGUCACUUGCUGUUUAGGAGUGUUGAACCUCUGCUUUUCUUUCUAGCUCUGUCAUUUGCGUUCUUACCUGUACAGUUUUUGUUCAUAUUUCAGUAUUUUCUUCUUUAUUUACCCAUUUCUUGUACAAAGCUGUUAUGUAAUUUAGGUUCCUGUACGCUUCAUUCGACUUGGUGAGAUAGUACCAAUGCUCUGAAAUGCUGUGGAAAUACGAACCUUCGGUAGUUUUGUUAGUUGAGAAGAACCAGCGAAAACUUUCCUAGCCAAAGUUUGAGCUGGACUUGUCAUGCUUGUACUGUUCGUAUGCUGUACCCUGUUAUGGAUCCGACCCGAAAUUCGAGUCCUAAUGACAGUUGUCGCUGAUGAAAAUGUGCUCUCCCACAGUUGCUGGAAUACCACGCCCCAUUCUCCCAUCUCAUUUCAAUUAUUCUACAUUUUCCAGCACGUGUGUUGUGUUAGUGGCAUUUAGCACUAUCCGAUCUUGACUCGUGCGCCCCACACAAUAUGCCACCGCUUUCUUGCAUGCUGUGCUGCAUGGAAUUGGCCAUGUGAAUUCUUGUAAAAAAGAAAGAAAGGGUAAUUGA